AUGGAGCGUAUAAGAAACCGUUAUACAAAGCAGAGUAUUGUGGUUUCCAAUUAUCGCUCUACAAUCAAGCGUCUUGCUGGGGACACGGCUUCGCUCUCAUCUAUACCGUCACUUAAAUCUCCAGACUCUCCUGACAUGGCUGUCAGCGCUAUAGUACCGACGGAGGCAUCCACGGUCUUCUAUUCAAUUAGCACAACAGCUUCUAUCGUAGAGACGCUGACGAGUGACGAGAAUUCGGCCUUCAUUACAGCACCUUCUCUUCGGAGUUCAAGCACGUACGUCAGUGUAUUAGCGAGCAUUUAUGUCAACAGACAUACUGUAGUGGAUGGCAACGGACAAUUACAACCUAGCAGAGACUCUCAGAGCUGUGGAGCUGUGAUCAGCGAAUCUACGUUAGUGAAGCAAGAUCGGGCUGGUGGAAUGGCCCACCUACCUACCCAUGAGCAACCUUAUUUUGGAACCUUUCAAACCUUCGUUAAAGAUCUCUCACCUAGUACCCAAGCGAUCCAGCUGGAAGCACAAGCAUCGUACUUGGACCUCUUGUGGUUACUAGAGGAUCAAGUCGGCAUACCACCGCACAGAAUCAGUCUGUACUACAACGGCUGCCGCCUUUCAGAUACGAUUAACCUUCCAAACAAUGACACACUCCAAGGUUCAGUCAACGCUUACAUGUUAGACAUGUAG